AUGAUUCAAGAGCAAAGGCCCGGCCCGAUCCCCCUCGCUAUCGGGCCUCUGCCUCCUCUUUUUCUUCUUCUUAUACGGUAUUCCUCGGGCCCUUGCUUGGGCCUCCCUCACCUCCCUCAAAUAAACCCUAACCGCCCGGUCAGCAAACGGGUUCGACUCGGGCAGCCCGCCGUUCUCCUCGUAGGCCGCCCUCAGGCGGCCCACGAGGGCGUCCAGGCUGCCCCACGCCUGCCUGAGCGGGCAGCCGCACGGGCCCGGCGGGUCGGGCUGCCCGAAAAACGGGCACCCGUCCACGUGGACCUUGGUCUUCCCGAACUGGUCGAGGUAGCGCAUGAAGUCGAGCACGUGGGUGUAGGCUGA